AUGUUUACUGCAGCCAGGAGAUUUUGUCGGUACCAGGUUGAUGCUGGCUGGGCUUGGAUCGUCUGUAUCGCUUCGUUUUUUGUCCAAGGCGUAAUAUUCGGGACUAUACAGUCUUUUGGAACACUUUUCAUUGCACUUUUAACUGAUUUUAAAUCUGGCGAAUCAGCGACAGGUAGGCAGUGUUGCGAAGAGCAAUUCUGAUUUAAGUACUUGCUUUCCUUGCGCGCAAUAUCAAACUUUUAAAGUUCACCUCGCAUUUGUCGUGUAAACCACAAAAUUCUAUAUAUGUUUUCACGAAAACAAUCUGAAAAAAUAUUAACUUUAUAGGAUGUCUUAACAAGCUUAGUCAUUUCAUUCUGUUUUGCUGAGAAAAACUAAGUAAGUUAAAGUAGUGUGUGUCUUACACGUGUGCAUUCCUAAAGCAAAACAUUCUCUAGGAACAAAAACCAAUCGUGAUUUUUAAUAAUACAGUUUAACAAUCAAGUUUUAAUUCCUGUAGCGAGUGCACAAAAUUUGCGCGUGUAAAGGUCUACACGAUUUAUGCACCUUUUAGUUAAGCAUCUGGGUGAAGUCUUUACACAUCAACUAUGGAUAUCCUGAAAUAUUUCCUAGGUGACAAGAAAUGAUGUUAAGUCCAAACCAUCUACUUUUAUUCCAAAAGAUGCCUAAGGUACACCUUGUUUCGCAAAACAUAAUAACAGAAUCUUUUUGGUCCAAUUUGUCAACAGCGUGGGUGGGCUCCUUGGGUUAUGGAUUCCUCUUCGUCAUUGGACCCAUCACUACGGCCCUCUGUGAACAUUUUGGAUGCCGCGUCAUGGCGUGCGCUGGAAGCGUCUUGACUACCUUUUCUUUACUGGUGACCUCAUUUGCAUCGAGUAUCUCUACCAUGUACUUUACAUUUGGCGUUUUGUGGGGAACUGGGGGCAGCUUCUUGUUCUUUUCUGGGCUGCUCGUCCUAAGGUUUUACUUUAAUAGGAACGUUUCUCUUGCUAAUGGGAUUACCAUGACCGGCGCCGGAUUUGGAACGCUUAUCUUCAACGUGAUGUUGCAGGAACUUGACGAAAAGUACGGCUGGCGCGGGGGAAUGCGUGUAUUGAGCGUAUUUUCCGCCUUGACGUUCUUGUGCGGGUGCGCUUAUAUCCCACCGCCAGUCGAGUAUUUGCCAUUCGAAAGACGAAGUCUGUCAUUCCGGUUGAAAGGUCUUAUUGAUCCUCGGCCAUGGAGAGACCGAGCUUUUCCCAUGUGGUUGGUGUCAUUGUCCUUUAUUCUGUUCGCCUACUUCUUUCCAUACACGUACUUGGUAAGUACAGUUCAUCAUUUACACAGAACAGUAAAUUUUUCAGAAACUGGUAAAGAGAUUUAUCAGUUACCGCAGCUAAUUGUAGCCAAUCUGCACUGGUUACCCAAACGAUCGUCCGGAUGUAUUGUUACAUCGAUAUUUUCUUGUUUUUAUUGUAGGUCCGGAUGGCUUUGUCACAUGGUAUCCCUGUCUCCCGAGGGUCUCUUUUGCUAGGCUACCUCUCAAUAUCAGCAAUAUUUGGUAAACUCCUAUGCGGCCGUCUUGCGGAUCUCCCGCGCGUCAGACGGUUGUAUAUUUUUGUCAUUUCCGCCACCGUUUUGAGUGUGUCCUCUAUGUGUGUCACCGCUGCACGGAGUUAUCACGGUUUGCUCGCGUACGCACUGGUUGCUGGAUUCUUUGAUGGAUGUUUUGUAGUGACGGUUCCACUUAUCACCCAGGACAUUGUUGGAAAGGAACUAAUGGCCAAAGCACUUGGCAUCCAGUACGGCUUGGUGGCAUUUCCUUUAACCCUGGGACCUCCCGUUUUAGGUGAGACUACGUGCUUCAGGCACAUCGUAUUGCAGUUUAUGCGAAAUAAAAUUCCACGUUAUUAUUUGGUCGACUCUUUCAAGCAACCGCGCACUAAUUGUUUUUUUGGAACGAUCAAAUUAUAUCAUUUAUCUUAAAAAUAUGUAAAAUAUGUUAUGUGUUUUUCUUCUCGUUAUUUCAGCCCGAUCCUAGGCCCCACUACUCUUGGAAUUUUUCCAUCCACAUCAUUAAAAAUUAAUUGUGCCAAUCCAUGGGAAAACUUUCCAAUUGCCACAUGUGUGUGCUUGUUCUUUUACCCACAUGAGGAGAUCUCCAUAACUGAUAUGCGUCCUGGAAAAGAAAACUCUGAGUAAGAUUCUGUUGUUAGGAACCAUGGUGAAAAACACUUUCUCUAAACAUCCAUUGUUUACUCGCAUUUUAAAUUUACAGGAGAACUUUACAAGUCCACGGAUUCCUUUACAACUGCAUUCUUUGUUUCAUCUUGUUCUGUUCUCGUUGGUGUAAGCCUGAUCUAUUUUGUUCAGAAACUUCGUCCAGAUUUGACACACAAGGAGGAACACGGAAGAAGAGAAGUGUACGAUCCAUCGCUUAGCAUUCAUUCUGCGAGUGUGGUGGACACUCUGAGUGGGAUGUUUGUUACCGAGCCUGGUGUGUCACUCUCUAACCUUGAUCCUGCAGAAAUACAUUCGUACCAAAGAUUCGAUGGUUUCCGCCGAGAAGAUUCAAGAGCGACUUUUUUAGAGCCUUUUCAAGGACAGAUGGCAAGUAAGACAGAGAUGGAAAAUGUGUAUCGAAGAGCUGUCGACAAUUUAUCGAGCACAGGUGGAGUGACGGCCCACCAACGAAACAGAUCAGACAUAAGUUGUAUCUCAAAAGCAACCUUGUCUUCUCAAUCACGAACAGGCAAUGUGGUAUCUGGUUCAAUGCUAUCAUUUUCAGAAAUGCCAAGGAAUCUUGGUUCAACUUCGGGUUCACAAAUUCCUGUGGGAGAAACAAAUGAUUUAGCAGAGCCAAGUGAGGCCAUUACUAUUCUAGUAAAUGCAAAUGUCGUAAAGCCAAAUCCUGAGGAAGCUGGAAUCCAAAGACCAGAUGACGACUUGAUGAUGCGAGAGGGCGAUGACCUGGAAAACCUGUCGGUGGCUUCUGAUAAGCAUGACGCUACAGUUGACCCAACUAUUAACAUGCAGAUUGGUUUGGAAGCUGGAGACCUUGAGAGGCCUCUCAGUGAUGUCACCAAUGUUUCUCUGAGUAUUCAACCCAUGCAAGUGGAGCUCGAAAAUGUGGGGGGAAUUCAAUCAGAUGCAUCGAUUUCUAAUGAUGUGAGCGCAGAGAUUGAUGUGGAAUUAGUUAAGCUUCCUCCCCCUCCAGAAAGCAAUCGCAAAAGGAGAAUUGGCCUCGUGGAUUCUCUAACAGACGAGCAUCAUGAUACUGACAACAUUUCGAGCGUGGUUGAUGAUGAUAUUGAGACUGUGUUCGUACCAAAUAUCGAAGGAACAGUUGGUGACGGAGUAGCAUUAGAGUAUGUGAAAGUGUGUACAAGGACUCCCUUAGAAGGCAACAGUUCAACUGAGUCGGAGGGUGGUAGAGAGGUGUUCCAACUUGUUCGUAUCCCGCCACCCCCUACAAUUCCACGCACAGGACAGCUACUGGUUCUUGAAACUGAGGCAAACGAGGUCAGAAGAAAUGCUGCAAUUUCUGACAUAAAAUCAGAUACCGAUGACCCUGUACUCUUUGUAGAAGAAGUAAUCAAAGAUGUUUCUCCCAAAGACUCACCCCCUGCUCAAAGAAAAGAAAAAUUACAUCUUGCCAUUAUUGAUCAGCUUAACGAGUUAAGUGAGCGCCUUGAAGCUGUUGCCGCUCGCCAAACUCAGCAAGAAGAAAAUGGGGAUGAUGAUCAACCCGACCAAAGGCCUGUUUUCUCUCCAGCUCUUCAGAGUUUGCCGUUAACACCUCUCUAUUCUGCAAGUCACAGCGUACCACUUACACCGGUUCGUGCGUGGUCAAGCUCUCGCAACACUCCUGCGCCAACUCCGCAUCCAACACCUCCAAGUGCCUUUCUGACAACAGCACCGACACCAAUCCACACACCACGUACGCCAGCCCAGAGCUUUUCAGAAAUCUGUGCACCAAAUGAUGUAUCUGUAGCGAAUCCAUCGAGCUCAAAAAUCUGCGAGACGAGGCAAGCUAGGGAACACGAUUUAGAUAGCUGGAAAGACAUCAAUGAAAUUUUUAGCCCUACACCUUCUCGAGAAUAUUCUAGCAGAAAUCGCAGCAGAUCUUCUUCUUUCUCUGAAGUAGGACAAGAAAUUGUCCUUAACGAAUUGAGUCUUAUGAAUAUGCGUGAGUCCACGGAAGCUUUCUCCUCCAAACUUUCAAGCGGGACCAACUCUUCUAUUUCGAAUAGCGCUAGAUCAUUAAGUGACUUACACAAUGUUAGUGAACCUAUUGAUGUGGUUGUUGGUGUUGUAACAAAUGAAGGUCAGCUAGGUCACACAAACUCUCCUGUGGAUAUAAUAGUUGACCACCCAGAACCAUCACCUAUUUGUGAACCGAAAAUUCCGUAUUUACAUUUCCAAGGAACGGAUGCCUCCAGGCAAAGUCAAUGUCAUCAUCAUUUCCAUAUAACGAGGCUUCAAACCACCCAAGCAGACGACCCUUGUCGAAUGUCAGCUACGAAUUACCCUCCAUCUUCGGAAGAAGUUGUGCCAAAAGAAGAGAAUCUCUACCAGGAUGUGGUUACACAGGAAGCUGACCAGCACUUUGACAAGAUGGAUCCAAACUUAAACCAACAAAAUCCAGGGAGCACAACAGAGAUACAACCAGGAAAAGAGCAUAAUUACUGUCAGCCUGAAUCAGUAAAAAUUCAACAACCAGAGGCAUUUUCCGAUCCCGCAAACCCAGCCGAAUUGCAAGAACUAUCAGAAUCUGUAACAGAAUCCGGUGAAGUGCAAAUAUCUGGCGUUCUUACUGAUCAAAGUUCAGUGGAAAAACUUACAAACUCAUUCUUGACUGCAGAAAACUUAUUCUUGGAAACAGAUAAAAUAGCGUACACGAAGAUUUCCGAACACAACCCAUUUCAGCCAUCUCCUGAAGGUAUUCCAGUAGAGUCGCAAAAUCUACUUCAGCUUCAUGAUGAAUCUCUAGCACAAAAAGAACUGGUCCUUCCUUCCUGGCAGCAGACAGAAACGCUCAUUGACCGAGAGCAGUUUAAAGCCGAAGAACCGGACACGAUUUCAUCGGAAAGAAGGAAUUUAUCACACAUCUCGCCCACAUCAGAUAAUUCUCCCCGACAGGUUGAGCAGCCCUAUUGUAAAGAAACUUUGGUCGCUCCUGACGAAGGCCCUCAUCAACAGAACAUUGUGACAUCUCAUCCGAAGGAGGAGGCCACAGAAACUGAUCUCGCAGGACAUACUUCGCUCACCUCAGAAAAUAUAACGGAUACAUACCAACAUUUGACUGUUCAGAGCAAGUGGACGAAAUUCAAUUCAAGCCAAGAGUGCUUAAUUUUUGAGAUGGACACUGAAAGUGAAUCGUCCUCCGAAGGCAGUUCGAAGUUUGAAAAUACCUCGACCAAGAUUUCCCCAGAUGCGAAGAAUAAAACUCAGGAUUCCAAAACUAAUGAUCAAGAGAAUCUAUUUCCUCCUCUUCAAAUUUUUUCCGACGCAGUCGACAUUAUCACUGCAGCCAAAGACCAAGGUUUUCCUCUAAAACUUCCUCCACCACCCAAGCAAGUCCAUAGAAAGCGAACAGACACCACCAUCUUGACCAAUAAGGAGAAUACUUGCCCACUUGGAGUUGAUGUCAGAGAAUAUGUGGGGAAGGACACAUUUACAGCAGAUGUUAAGAAUAUUGACCAGCGAGACGGUGUACAGCCUGAAGUAAUGAUAGAUAAUAGACAUGAAAGAGACAUCGAGGAGUGCUUUAAUAAUGAACGUCAGGGUGUGGGAGCCAACCCAGUCCUAAGUGGGGCGGAUUUGUCAGCGACUGGGAAUUCUGUCAGCGAGAUUGAAUCCGAUUUGUUAACUGAAUCUAAGCUUGAAGACUUAACGAGUAAACAGAGUGGCAAUUCAAUAUCUGGUAUAAUCUGUCGAGAAUUUGAGCUGAUUCAGGAUGAGGACGGAGAAUGUAAAUGCGAAGAUGACUACGAUUCUAAUGCAGAUGAAGACCUGGCUAAAGCUUCGGUCCAUGAUGACAUCGCGCCUCUUUUGGUGAAAAACGAUGGACAGAUCCAAUAUGUGAAUCUACGCGAUCUUCCUCAAGAUUCCCAAGUUCUUCAGAAACGCCCUUCCACUGAUUCAUCAACAGAUGAUUCCAGCACUUCAACAGAUUCGAGCUCGAAUCUGUCGGAGAAUGAACUGCCUUACAACAAAUUGCACGAAGAUAGCUACACAUCGGACCAAGGAUAG